AUGAUAUUUCAGGUAACAGAGAAAUCAACUAAAACCGAUAAAAUGAUCGUUCGUGGUUAUGCUCGUUGUGACUAUCAUGGAGAUAUAUUGUUUGAAAGUGAAAAUGAAUUGGGAAAGAAUUUCGGGCUGGAAUGUGUCGGCGGUGGUCGAAUUAAACAUGAUGCAAAAAACAGUUCUAUAUUGGUGUAUGGCUACUCUCAGCCGAAUUACCCGGUGGUUAGAGUUACGUUGGAUAUGUCGUUAGAUGAUAUUCCGGAUGUGAAUAUAGACCCAAGUGGUGUGUUUAAGUACAUUGUAGUCAGGGUUACAUCAAAAUCAACUAGUAAAGAAAAAUUGAUUGUACGAGGAUUUACGAGCUGCAAAUGGCAUAAAAAUAUAUUGCAGCUUACUGAGAAAGAAAUCGGCAACUCUUUUUCAUUAAAGUGUGUUGGUGGUGGCCGAAUAAGACAUGAGUCUGAAAAAAGAAAACUUUUUGUGUACGGAUAUUCUCAGAGAUAUGGUCCAGCAAAACAUGAAUUAACUGUGAGUUUACUAAAGAAAAGAUAUCCUGAUUAUGACAUUACGUUUUCAUACGAAGGCUACUGA